GGAGAGGCCAGAGGGAGAGAGCAGAGAAGUGAACUCUGGAUGAGGAGCUGGUGUUUUAUUAACAGAUUUUUAGUGGUUUGAAUCAGCGAGAAGGAGCACUGCUUCGUCUUACCGGUCCGUCAAGUUUUUCUCUUAUCUCUCGAGGAAGACAGAGAGCAGGUUGUCUUCAGUCAAGCUUUUAGAUUGAAUUACACAAAGAGGGGUUGUUGUUGUAAUAACCUUUUUUUCUGAAGGACGCACUGGAUCAGUGUCUUUGCUGCAGGGACUCGUUCAGGACCGCACUGGACGUAUUUGCAGGAGGAGAAUGAGCAGUUUUCUGUAUUUUAUCCUCCCUGCUCUGGGUGGAUACACUCUCACCUCGAUGUUUCUGCUGAAGAACCCCCAGAUUCUCCACAAGAGGAAACGCACAGCUUUUUAUGCCAGACACAUCUCACACAGAGGAGGAUGUGGAGAGAGGAUAGAGAGCACGAUGGAGGCGUUCACACAUGCGGCGGAGCAGGGCACACAGAUGUUUGAGAUGGACUGUCACUUGACGCGUGACGGACAUGUGGUGGUGUCACAUGAUGAGAACCUGCUGAGGCAGACCGGCCAGGACGUCACCGUCUCCUCACUCAAUCUACAGGAAUUGCCUCUGUAUAAAGACAGACUGGAGGUGACAUUUUAUGCAGGUCGCUAUUCUAGCGGUGCAGACAGGAAGUUCUCUCUGCUGGAGGAUGUGUUCAGGAAGUUCCCCAAGAUGCCUGUCAGCAUUGAGAUCAAAAAGAACAACAAACAGCUGAUGGAGAAGGUGUCAGAGUUGGUGAAACGCUACAACAGGGAAGAGCUCACAGUCUGGGCCUCUGCGGACUCCACGGUCAUGGAGGAAUGCCGCAAAACGAACGACUCCAUGCCGUACAGCUUCUCUAUGAACCGAGGUGUGCUAAUGCUCCUGCUUUUCUACAGCGGCCUUCUGCCCUUUGUGCCACUGGGAGAGAGUUUACUGCAGUUCUACCUGCCACGCAUCAUCAACAGGAGGUUCAUUCCUGAGAAACCCAUCCUGAGGAACACGCUGGUCAUCUCUUUGUUAGAAAAAGUCACAAUGAGGAAGAGUCUUUUCAAACACCUCGCAGCCCGUGGAAUUCAGGUGCAUUUGUUCGUGUGCAAUGAAGAUGAAGACAUAAAGGCUGCAUUUGAAGUCGGGGCCACCGGGGUGAUGAGCGACUACCCGACUCUUCUUUCAAGCUACCUCUCCAGAAACAGAAUGGAGGAUUGACCCCAAACACCCUAGCACAUAACAACAAUGAAUAACCUCAACAAUGGCAAUUUCCUUAUAAAUGAGGAGUAUGUAAAUAAAACACAACACUGUGAAAGGGAAUUAAAGAGACUGUAUUCUUGCUAAGUGAGGACAUUA